CCACAGUUUAUUUGAAAAAUAGGGGAUGGGGAAAACUGGCUCUGUAGAGCAAACCAAAGAGAGGAAAGGAUAAAAGCAAAACUAAACAAAAAACGAGAGAAAAAGAAAAAACCCUUCCGCAGUCUUCCCCUUAUGCAAAGCUGCCUCCUUGAACCCGCGUACAGCGGCCCUUCCCGUCAGCCCUUCCGUCAGCCCUUCCCAUCAGCCCUUCCCGUCAGCCCUUCCGUCAGCCCUUCCGUCAGCCCUUCCCAUCAGCCCUUCUGUCAGCCAUUCCCGUCAGUCAGCCCUUCCCACCAGCGCCCUUGGUGUGCGGAGGCCGCGCGGCAGCAGCCCCCGGCGGUUGGGCCCAAGGACACACAGCACAGCGAGAGCCCCACAACGCCCACCUGACUCGUUCACGCGCCUGGCAAACGGGCCUUCGAGCCGCCUCGCCAGACCCAGGGCAGCUGCAGCGAGGUCUGGGCCGAGGCGGCCGAGGCGGGGCAGCGCGGUGGCUGAGGGGACGAGGGGCUGCUGGGAGGGAUCCUGGCGUGGAGGUGACUGGACCCACCGACCUGCAGAGGCUGGGGCCGCACCGGGCGGCUUUAUUCCAGCCCUGAGGAAAGGAACCGCGUCACUGAGCCUUAUACGGGGCAGCAGGGACCGGAAGUGGCGUCAUAAACCCCCCUCAGAGCUCGGCUCAGCUGCACCCCAGUCAGGUCACAUAGACUCUGGUGGCCGAGACGAGCGUGGAGGACUGUUAAAUUGUAUGACAGACGCGGGUGCGCUUCCGGAUUGUCAUAUUUUGUUUUCAGAAAAGGUAAGGCAACAAGGAAAGGGCUGGAAGAACUGGACGAACGUUAAGAUGGAGAAGAAAUAACCAUCAAUAAGCACAGUGACUGUCCACUCCGGGAUUAUCCACCUUGAACUCAGAUUGCCUGAACUGAAGUGUAGAAAUGCCAAAAGGGCCUUGGGACUGCAGGUUUAAUAUGAAAUUCUUUCCAAAUAUUCUGUCAUAGAUAAUUUUAAAAUACAUAAGAAAUGACUUGUAGUUUGGAACAUCUCUGAAUAUAUUACAGAUAGACACUAGGUAACUUGCUUCAGCAGACUUUAAGAAGCAGACUUCACCUUUACUGGAAAAACCUGGCAAUUUUGCAGCAGUCAUGGCUUCCUCAUAUUACAGCAGUCUGAAUCGAGCUCAGUUAACCUUUGAAUAUCUGCACACAAAUUCAACCACACAUGAAUUCUUAUUUGGAGCUCUUGCUGAACUGGUUGAUAAUGCAAGAGAUGCACAUGCCACCAGAAUAGAUAUUUAUGCAGAAAGACGAGAGAACCUUCAAGGGGGAUUUAUGCUCUGUUUUUUGGAUGAUGGAGUAGGAAUGAAUCCCAAUGAGGCUGCCGGUGUUACUCAGUUUGGGAGAUCAACCAAACGAGCACCAGAGUCCACCCAGAUUGGGCAGUACGGGAAUGGGUUAAAAUCUGGCUCAAUGCGCAUUGGGAAGGAUUUUAUUCUUUUCACCAAGAAGAAAGAUACCAUGACCUGUCUCUUCCUCUCUCGAACUUUUCACGAGGAAGAAGGCAUUGAUGAAGUGAUAGUCCCAUUGCCUUCCUGGAAUGCUCAGACCCAGGAAGCUGUUACAGAAAAUAUGGAGAAGUUUUCCAUUGAGACAGAACUCAUUUACAAGUAUUCUCCCUUCCACACUGAGGAGGAAGUAAUGAGACAGUUCAUGAAGAUUUCUGGGGACAGUGGAACACUAGUGAUCAUCUUUAAUCUCAAACUCAUGGAUAAUGGAGAGCCUGAGCUAGACAUAGUCUCAAAUCCAAAAGAUAUCCAGAUGGCAGAGGCCUCCCCCGUGGGCACAAAGCCAGAACGCUGGUCCUUCAGAGCUUACACAUCUGUGCUCUACAUUGAUCCCCGGAUGAGGAUCUUCAUCCACGGGCACAAGGUGCAGACCAAGAGGCUUGCCUGUUGUCUAUACAAGCCCAGGAUGUACAAGUACACAUCCAACCGUUUCAAGACCCGCGCAAAGCAGGAGGUGGAGAAAGCAGAGCAUGUAGCAUGGAUUGCUCAAGAGAAGGCCUGGGAAGCCGAGAGCAAAGCUCGAACAUUAGAAGUACGCAUAGGUGGCAAUCUUACUCGGGAAUCCAAGAUGAUGUUAAGGCAGGUUCAGAACACUGCCAUAAACCUGCGCAGAGAAGCCAAUAUCAAGAAGAGGGUCAAGGAAGCCAAGGAGCAAGCGCUCAAGGAACCUAAGGAACUGAAUUUUGUUUUUGGGGUCAACAUUGAACAUCGGGAGCUAGAUGGCAUGUUCAUCUACAACUGUAGCCGCCUGAUCAAGAUGUAUGAGAAAGUGGGCCCACAGCUGGAAGGGGGCAUGGCCUGUGGUGGAGUUGUUGGGGUUGUUGAUGUGCCCUACCUGGUCCUGGAGCCUACACACAACAAGCAGGACUUUGCUGAUGCCAAGGAGUUCCGGUACCUGUUGAAGGCAAUGGGGGAGCAUUUGGCACAGUACUGGAAGGACACUGCCAUUGCCCAACGUGGAAUCAUCAGGUUUUGGGAUGAGUUUGGUUAUCUUUCUGCCAACUGGAACCAGCCCCCGUCCAAUGAGCUACAUUACAAACGCAAGAGAGCAAUGCAAAUCCCAACCACCAUCCAGUGUGAUUUGUGUCUGAAGUGGAGGACCCUCCCCUUCCAGUUGAACUCAGUAGAAAAAGAUUAUCCUAACACCUGGGUUUGUUCCAUGAACAUUGAUCCUGAGCAAGAUCAUUGUGAAGCUCCUGAACAAAAUCAGAAGUUUCCGAUGGGCACAUACAAAAAAGUUGCAAAGACACAGGAAAAGAAGCAAAAGGAGCUAGCAGAGAAAAUUCGCCAGCAGCAGGAAAAGCUGGAUGCCCUUCAGAAAAUCACCCCCAUCCGCUCCCAAGCAGACUUGAAGAAAUUGCCCUUGGAGGUGACAACCAGACCUUCCUCUGAGGAACCUGCUUGUAAAUCACAGCGUCGUUGGCCACCACCUUUAUCUCCUGAGAUCAGAAAACCCCCAAGCAGAUCUUCUUCUCUGCAAGUUCCCAAAACUCCACCCCAAAAGGUUCCGAUCAUCAGAAUCCCAAAGAUUCCUGUACUAACAGCCCGGGGAAAGCCUAGUACCUUCAGCCCACUCCAGUCACCUGAGGCAUCCCAAAAGUGUGUCGCUACCCCAGUCAAGACUGCAUCCUUGACCACUCCUCUGGUGCAGCCACUGUUAUCAUCUCCACUGCCCAACUCCAAGACUUCUUGGAAGCCCCCCAAACCCAAAGCCAUCAAGACUCCAAUGGUUAGGAUGUUAGAGUCACCUGUUAAACUCUCCAGAGAUACCACUGGUCGGAAGCGGAGUCUUCAGGACUCUGAUGAGGAAGAGCCUGGAAGAAGGAAGAAGUGCAAGAAGGGCAAAUUUGCUGUGAAGAAGGAAAAGAAAUCAAAAGAACUUUCACACAGUGCUGGGAAAGAGGACUCAGCUGACCUCAAAAGGGCUGAGGAAGAUUUAGGGCUUCCUGUGGAAGUACAGGUGAACAAAGAGUGGUAUACAGGCCAUGUCACAGCCACAGAGGUGGAAAAGAAUGUGGUGUGGUGGAAAGUGGAGUUUGACCAUGAGACUGCAGAUGCAACUCCAGGAAAUCAUUGGGUGGAGAAAUGUAGUGACAGUGUGCGGCUGAUGAAGCCACCUUUUGCAGAGUAUCAACCCCCCACCACACAGCUGGAAAACAGAGAAGAAAAAGCAGCUGUGGUGGGUCAGCAGACUACAGCCAUGGCAGAGCCCUCUGCCCCUGACUGCAUCCAUGUCAAGCCUGACACCACUACUGUGAAUAAAAAGUGUGAAACCAUAGAUUUCCUGGUACAGCUUCUCCGGGACUGCUUACAGUAUUUCCGGCCUCCAAAGUUUCCCAUGUCCAAAAAGGAGCUGAAAACUAUGAAUUUAGACAAGAUAUUAUCUUUUCCUAUGGAACAAUACUUUAAGCAUUAUGAAGAGCAUUUGCAGAACCUGUGCCAUUUCUACCAGAGCCAAGCCGACUCCAGGGUCAGGGCCUCUGAGGAAAGCCUACAUGCAUCUGAGAGGAAGCUCCAAGAGGUCCAGGAGAAGCUGCAGAAGCUGAGGACCAACAUCAUGGUGUUCUUGGGAAAAGACCCAGACUUCAAAACUGGGGAUGACCUGGAUGCGUACAUUGAACACCUUGUCACCACAGGGAAUUUGAGCGACUUGAGCCAGAGAUUAGCUCCCCUGCCCACAGGGCCCUCAGAACAGUAGCUUCUGGCAAGGGGAUUCCACUUAGCGGUUGAUGGACUUGCCAUUGACUUGAUUCCUGUGAGAUGUGUGCUUUUGAAGAGAAAGAUACCUUAAUUCUUUUAAUCUUUCUCUCUAUAAAUAUGUAUUUUUAAAAGAAAACAAGUACAAAUA